AUGUAUGCCAAAUGUGGAAAGUUAGAUUCUGCUCUGUUGUUUUUUGAGCAAACCCAAACUCGGAAUAUUGUGGUAUGGACUACUAUGAUAAACAGUUAUGCUAUACAUGGAAAAGGAUCUGAUGCUGUUCAGCUAUUUGAGCUUAUGCUGAAUCAGAGGAUUGCACCAAAUGAAGUAAGUUUCAUUAGUGUCUUAACUGCGUGUGGUCAUGCAGGUUUGGUGAAAGAAGGAUGCAAGUAUUUUAGGUUGAUGAAACAAGUUUAUGCCAUCAAGCCUGGUGUUGAACAUUUCUCUUGUAUGGUUGAUCUUUUUGGCCGAGCAGGUUGUUUAGAUGAGGCUUAUGAUUUCAUUCAUGAGAAGGGCAUCUCUAACAUGUCUGAAGUUUGGAAGGUACUCUUAUCUUCUUGCUUGGUGCACAAAAAUGUAAAGAUGGCAAGACAUGUUUCUGAGAAAUUGCUACAACUUCUGCCAAGUGAACACAGUCCUUACAUUCUGUUGUCAAAUACUUGUUCAGAGCAUGAAAAUUGGGAUGAAGCAUCAAAAUUAAGGGGUUUGAUGCAGGAAAGGAAAGUUAUGAAACAUCCGGGUCAAUCAUGGACUUAG